AAUUAUAAUUAAUAUGAAAGAUUAGAAUACCGUUUUUUCGGAUUUUCAUUUGUUUUUCAUUGAAUCAAACUUAAUCAAUAUAUAUAGAAUGAAUGAAUUUUUUUUGGAGGGGGGAGGGUACAUAUACGAUCUAAAAAGUGAACAGUUUAGAAGCGUCAAAUACCAGAGGUUACAUAUUUUUUGUUAAUUUUACGUUGGAUACAAAGAAAACAACUGGACAUAUACGAACAAAUAACACGUAAGAUUUGUCUUCAUAGUUACCAAUCAGAUUUCUUUCGAUUUUCAUAAAAGUGCUUUUUCAUUUUAACUGAUCGUUUAUGUAAUAUGGUAACGCGAACCUACUUACAAAUCAAUAAUGAUGGUUAUAUCUAUCAGCAACCGGUAUCAUACUUCACAGCAAAUACACAAAAUUUCCAACGACAAUGGAAAAGUCAUCAGAAUUUACAUGAAUCACGUUUGCUUAAUCGUCAUGUAUCUGAUCAGUACAUUACUAUGCCAACAACACGUUUCAAUAAUGAUUCCUAUAAAAAAGUAAAUGGAUGUUAUAACAUUACCUUAAGUAUCAAUAAUACUACUAAUAAUAAUAAUACUAGUAAUCACUGUAAUAGCAAUUAUAGUAUUAAUAGUGUAAACAACAAUUGUGUGCAACAAAAUUUUUACAAGCCUCCAUCAAAUUUAUAUGACAACAUAAAUAAUCAUCAUAUAGUAUCAAAAGAAAAUCCCUCUACCAUGAGGUUCGGUGAAAAAUUACGUUCUACAUCCCUGCCACCACUACUGCAUACUACAAAUUAUUUUACUCCACAAAAAUCAAUAAUUGCCAAUACUGGCCACACUUCACCGUCAUUGGUCAAUCACAUAUGUCAUAAAUUCUCCCCUACCUCCGCAUGUCAACACAGUGGUGCAGAUUGGGAAGAUUGCCGUAUUAGUAUAGACUGUUUUGGUAUUAAAGGAAAACAUUGUAAAUCAAUAAGGCACCUACACAAGAAUUACAGUUAUAAAUUAGCACCACAAACGCAUUUAUCAUCAACACAUAUUGGUAACACACAGAAUGGAUUGAAUGAUAAAUACUUACUCCCCUUACCAAUAAGGAGGACACCUUCUAUUCAUUUAGAAAAUAAAAAGUUAAAUAAAACAUCCCAAUCAAUAAGAUCGCAUAGUUUAUGCGCUAGAUCUGUCCGUCUAUCAAUUAUACCAUUAAAUCCAAUCUACAAAAGAUCACCAUCAUUAUUAAGGAGGAAACAGUGUUUAACAAAUCACAGUAAUCAGUCGAUAAGAACAGGGUCAACUAGAACUACACCUUGGAUUAAUUCAUUUGAUUUACACAAUUAUCAUAAAGUCCUUCGUAAUUGUUGGCGUAAAAAUUUAAUUCAAAGAAUGGCUUUCAAAAUUGAUGAUUUUACAAUCCAAGAAGAUCAAGUAAAAGUUGCCAAAGAUGUUUUCAAACGUUUUGACAAAAGAGGACAAGAAAAGAUUAGCACCACUGAUUUAGGUCCAGCUUUUCGUGCACUUAAUCUUACCGUUAAACCAGACACCUUGAAAGAAUGGGCUGAUCAGGUCGAUGACGAUGCUACCGGAUUUAUUGAUUUCAAUGGAUUUCUAAUUUGUUAUGGAAAGAAACUUCAAGAAGAUCAAGAUGAAAGAGAUUUAAGAGAUGCAUUCCGAGUUCUGGACAAAAAUAAACGUGGAGAAAUUGAUGUCGAAGAUUUAAGGUAAAUUCAGAUAAUUCCACUCUUGUUUCAUAUAUUCAUCAUCUAAUUGGAUUUUUUGAAGUGAACUUCUAGUUAUAAAUAAUUACUUGAUCUUGUAGCCAGUAGGCAUAAAGAUCUUCCGCUUGUGCCUAUCUCAAUAGCCCAGUAAUAUCACCAGCCUGAUCUCAACACAAAAUAAAAGCAAUUCUGUCUAAUAUCAGUAUGAGGUCUAAUACAUCGGAGACCAGAUAGUAUUAAACAGUUUGACUGAAAAGGAAAUUAUAUUCUAUUGGAUUUAUAAAGGAUCAAUUACGUAAUAUAAUAAAACACCCAACAGUCCAACCUAAAUGUAAUCGUGAGCUUAUAGUUCUAUAUACACAAGUAAGCUACUCAUAAGUAGCAUGAAAUGCUUGAAAACAUUUCUUUGCAUUAAGUUUUUGAUUUCAUCCUUCUUACAGAUGGAUAUUAAAAGGUCUAGGUGAUGAUCUUACUGAAGAAGAAAUAGAUGACAUGAUUCGAGAUACUGAUACCGAUGGAUCGGGAUUUGUCGAUUUUGAUGAAUUCUAUAAAUUGAUGACAUCUGAAUAGAAUUAACAAUUUCACUUAAAUCAACACAAGUGAAAAUAAUAUCAAAUUUACUCAAAAUUUCAUUUCAUUUAACCUUUUCUCUUGUAACAUAUUACUAUCAUUAUUAUUAUUAUUAUUGUUAUUAUUAUUAUUAUUGUUACGUAAUCACAAUGCUUCUUUAUCAGUUAGUAAAUUAUCUUUUUGGACAAUCUUAGUUUCAUCAAUGAUGCAUCGAUCGGUUCAUGUGACUGUUUUGUUUUUCUUUUUUUUUUUUACAUACACACCAAUUACAGCUUACCCUGCAAAACUGUACUGUAGUUAUGUUAAAAUUUAAUCAUGAUGAUUUGCUGUAUCAGUUUUCUCCCUUAUAUAUUUUAGUAAUGUGUAAUUGUGUUCUGAUGCAUCAAUCAGUCUAGAUUAUCUUCUGUAUGUUUCUUGAAUUGUCAAUAGUUGUAAAACCCUACUUUCUCUUGUAAGCUUUAACCCUAACAUUAUUGAAUUGUCUCUUUUAAAACGGAUUAAUUGAAUAAUGAAUUGUGCUGUAAUAAAUAACAGUUAUUUCUGGGGGUUUUUUCUUUAAAAAAAAAAAGAAAAUAAAGAUGAACCUUACAUUAUUUAUUAAUACAAUUCCAAAAUCUGAAAGGAUUCCUUUACAUGAAAUUAAUUUCAAUACAGAAUUGUUUCUAGCCAGGUUUUUCAUUAUUUUUAAUGAGUAAAAAGCCUAUUAUCGACCUGAAUUUGAAUGAUUCUUUAAUUGACCACAUAAUCAUUGAAGAUACUUAUCAACUAAUAAA